GGAAGCAGGCAGGAGGAAAUGGUAUGAGAAAAGGAGGUGAAGGGAGGGAGUCGAGAGGUCCACACUUCCGAAGGAAAUGACGACCUCCUUUAACCGGACUUCUGGCUUGUGAUGUCAUUUCCAGCGGUGAUCACGGAUAGGCUGCUGCUGCUGUCCUUCCUGGAGAAGAGCCAGGUGUGUGCAGUGUUCCUCAACAAGAAGAGCCACGGGUCCCCUGAGACAGGCAGACGAGUGGAAAAACUCUCCUCCUCUGACCUGAAGGUGGUGUGUGCGGACUUGCGUGGCGGUUCGCCUCGCAGGCUGGGUAGACGAGUGGGUCUGAACUGUCUUCAGGACGUAGCGGUGUGCUGGUGGCCCCUGGUUUCCUCCUUCUCCUCCGAGUUGUGGCCCUGGACCCCCAGCAGUCACACACACACCGAGCGGGCCAACCUGCUGCUGCUGAGCUGCUCUGCCACGGACGGUCUCAAGGUGCUCAGUUCCAUACGUACUGAAGGAGACCCUCUUGACUGUCACUUCAGCCUCCUCCAACCCUACCAGCUGCUGUCCGUUGAAGUGCCCGAAGGACCCCUCCCCGAAUCCCAGGGGCCCCAGGGGGCGUCCUCGGCGGACGCCUGCGCGUACGAGUGCGCCCGCGGUCGCCUCCAGCGCCUGUCCGUGGCCCGCAUCCCCCUCGCCUCCCGGCCCGUGUCCUGCGCCCGGCACCCCUCCGAGAGCAGCCUGCUCCUGGGCCUCGCCGACUCCUCCCUGGUGCUGUACGACGAGCAGAGGGGCGUGCCUCUCCUCGCGCCCUGCCCCGUCCCGCCCUCCCUCUUGGCCUGGCACCCGGCCGGGGCCGUGGCGGUGGCGGGGGGCGGCCAAGGGGAGCUGAUGUUCUUCGACGUGGGCUUGGCGCCGCUGGAUGUGGCGUUACUGGCGGAGGAGGCGGCCCCCGCGGCGACGCUCAGACUAGCCCAGCACCUGCGCUGUCCGGGGGGGCUGGAGGGGCUGUACUGGGGGGGCAGCGUGGAGGGAGGAGCGGACGGGACGGACCUGCUGAUGAUUGCUUUCCACAGUGGACCCCUGGCAGCGCUGAGAUUCAGGCUAGGCGCUCUGACGGGGGGUCAGUUGGGCUCCUGCGAGCUGCUCCAGCAGAGGCUGCGCUGCGGUCAGGUGGACCAGGCGCUCGGCAUUCUGGGAGCCAUGGAGUGGAGCCUCAUGGGUAGCGAGUGCUACCAGGGCCUGAGCUCGGUGACGGAGCACCUGCUCCGGCUGGAGCUGGACGCAGAGAGAGAAGCCCAACUAGAAGCAGCUCUGGGAGUCUUCUACGCUCCACCCCGCCCUCUCUCUGACACCGUAGUGUUGGAGUACAGGGAUCCAAUCAGCAAGUACGCCCGGCGCUUCUUCCACCACCUGCUCAGGCACCAGCGGUUUGAGAAGGCCUUUCUGUUGGCUGUGGACAUUGGAGCCAGAGACCUGUUCAUGGAUCUCCAUUAUGUGGCGUCUGAUAACGGCGAGGUGGUGCUGGCUGCGGUGGCGAAGAGGAAGGCUAAUGAAAUCGCCGUCUCCGUUAUGCCUGGUGCAGAAGAAUCCCCAGCCAAUCUGAGGGGGAGGAAUGGAUUGUGUCAAUCCGGAACUACCGCCCUGCAGACAGACAGGAACUCGGAUGCAACGGGACCACCUGCUCAACAUAACCUCUGUGAGGAGCCGAGGAGACGGCAGCCAGUUGCAAGCACACCUGAGACCAGCGCACCUGUGACCAUCAGAGCUGCUCCCACCUGGCCGUGGACAUAUACAGAAAACAGCCUUGUCAAUCAAGAUGAUGAUGAGAAAGAAGAGACAGGGACACUCAAAGUGAAGUGGUUCGGGGCUGUUUCCCUCCAGUACCUCUCAACCACACUCCUCUUCCUCGACGUAACCAUGGAUGUUAGUGGACGAUUAUGGAAGAUUUCUACAUUUGAAGAGGUGCGAAUUGCCCAGAUCCGUGGAUCGGAGUUGCAGCCUACCUGGAUAACCCACUGACGGAUGCAGCAGGUCCAUGGCAGCGCCGCUGAGCCCCAGGCCGUUCAUGCCGUAGGGGGGCUGUUUGAGGUAUGACAUCAUGC